AUGUGUCACCAGCACGUGGAGCCAGCUUGGGCCGCGCCGCUAGCGGGAGGAACUCCCCCAACUUUCGAGGGGUCUUGCCGGCCCGGUCCUCUCCCCGCGGCGCCCGGCUCGCGCUCCUUGGGGAAGCGGCGGCGGCGGCCGCUAGGUCCCAGGCGGGUCGACCGAGGCCCUGGCUCCCGACCCGGCUUGCGCCGGUCCCCGGAACGUCGGGGUGCAGGGUACGACUGGCGGAUGCGCCCCCGGACCCCCAGAUGCAGCGUGGGGCACGGCCUGUGGUGCGAGCGGCCCGGCCGGCCUUGCGCCCGGCAGAUCUGA